UCAAAUUAAAAUAAUAAUAAAUACUUAUAGUAUUUUUAUAAAUUUUAACUUCAUUCGUUAGAGAUUGCUAAUAAGUGUCAAAGUCUUCUUUAAUCUGUGGCUCAGGCUCACUGUCAUUGUCACUCAGUUUGUCAUUUUUUUAAAGUACUUUUUGAUAUUGUGACUAUGUUUUAGUUUUAGUUUGAAAUUAUAAAUAUUAUUUUUGUUCUGUUUAUACAUUUCAUUUAUUUUUUAACCAUGCUAGGCCUAUUUAUGUACAUAUUUGAAGUGAAAAAAGAACUAUUAGUGGGUUUUUCUAUAACUGUAAUAUAUAUAACCUAUUAUCUUAUUGAGGCAGUCAAGAAACCAAUACUGAUAUGUCGUAAAGGGGAUUUUCGUCAGUUUCUGGAGGAAAAUGUGCCGCUGCUAGAUGAACACUACUGGCCGACGCCGUGGUGCGUGGAGUCGCACCUGCAGACCGUGCUCGGGUCCAUACUGCGCUCGCACCUGUUGCCGCCGCAGCGCUACCGCCGGGAGGUGCUGCAGCUGUCGGACGGCGGGCAGGUGGCGCUGGACUGGGCCGAGCCGGGCGCGGAGGACGCGGAGGACGCGGGCGGCGCGGCGCCCGUGCUGCUGGUGCUGCCCGGGCUGACGGGCGGCGCGCACGCCGACUACGUGCGCUGCCUCGCCGCCGCCGCGGCCGCGCUGGGCGCGCGCUGCGUCGUGUUCAACAACCGCGGGCUCGGCGGCCUGCCCAUCACCACGCCGCGCCUGUACUGCGCGCUGAGCCACGCCGACCUGGCCGAGGUGGUGCGGGCGCUGCGCGCGCGGCCCGAGUGCGGCGCGCUGCUGGCGGUGGGCGUGUCGCUGGGCGGGCUCAUCCUGGGCCACUACCUGGCCGAGCAGGGCGAGCACGCCGGCGUGCAGGCGGCGCUGGUGGUGUCGUCGCCGCUGGACGUGGUGCGCGGCGCGGAGUGCAUGCAGCGGCCGCCGGCGGCGCUGCUGUCCUACCACAUGGCCCGCAGCCUGCGGCGCACGGUGGCGGCGCACGCGGCGCUGCGCGCGGCGGCGCUCGACUGGGACGCCGUGCAGCGCUGCCGCUCCGUGCGCGAGUUCGACGCCGCCUUCACCACUAAGCACUUCGGCUUCGGCUCCGUCGACGCCUACUACCGCGCCGCCUCGCUCAGCGACAAGCUGCACCGCGUGCGGGUGCCGCUGCUGUGUCUUUGCGCGGCUGACGACCCCUUCCAGCCGCUGCAUGUGAUGCCGGCGGCGCAGGCGGCGGCGAGCGCGCGCGUGGCGCUGGCCGUGACGGCGCGCGGCGGCCACAUCGGCUUCCUGGAGGGCUGGUGGCCCGCCGGCCCGCCGCGCGCGCAGUACAUCGCGCGCCUCGCGCACCAGUACUUCGCCGCGCUGCUGCGCCGCCGCGACCUGCUGCACCGCCCGCCGCCACCCGCGCCCGCGCCCGCGCCCACAGCCUGACCCGCCACCUGUACGCUCUCUCCGUCGCACCCGUCCUUGUUACUUUACGCUACAAUCAAGGCGGCCGUCCGCAGCUCGUCGUGGACCCCCCUCGCCGUGACGACGCGACCGGUGCUCGUCACACUCGUAGCUCCACAAAAACGCUACUCGUCACAGGCGCAUACCGUUGCUCAUCUUUCCACGACUGCGAGUGGGUAUCAGAUAUCUCGCCUUUUUCCAUUCCUCGGGGUCAGGUUUCCUUAACAUGCGGCGCCGUCUAUUCCUGUUACCUGCAUCCUUCUCCACAAGAUUCAAUCGUUUCAUAUUCCUGUGAACCGUUGCUAACCGUGUCGCUUGACGUCUUCCCCUUUCCCUUUUCUUUGUAUUCAUUCAUGAAAAGACACUUUUCCAGGGCACGGUCGUCACUUCGCAGAACGCGAAGUGACGCCAAAUUCAUUUCAAGUAAAUAUUUCUUUCGCGAUAGUAAAAAAAAUAUAAUUAUCGCUAUAGUGACCGAGUGCGUAAUUUGACAACAGUGGCGAGCUGCGGCUGUAACAGUCUGGGUAUAUGACGAGCUGUGUACAGUGGCCUGCCGCGUGUUCAGUUCUUGAUCCAUUUAUUCAUCACAAUGUACAUGUUACCAUUGACACGUGGCAUUAUUAAUUAUUUAAUAACUUUAUAUGUGGCAUUUUACACGGCGAGGAUAAAGACGUCUCAUUUUUAAUGUAAAAUAAUCAGCGGCCUCUGUUGGAGCCGACUUAGUAUUAAACGCUUUGAGCAUAAGUAUUUGGUAAGAGUGCAUGCGAGGUGCGACGGCGGUCUCUGUGAGAGCGCGCGGCGUCUCGUCGCUCGAAUUGUUUGCACACUUAAUGCAUUUUUUUUAUACAAUUAUAUAAUAAGUGGUGUUCUACAUUUCGAAUGAUUUAUAAUUUUAAUAGUAUCUAUCUAUGAAUUAAUGAUCUCGCUGUCGCUGAAACUAACGAGCUCUGUUGAUCACCUGAAAUCAGGUACAAGUAAUGAACGCUUUAAGAAAUUAUUAUUGUUUGAAAUUGUUUUGUCUACUUAUAUACAUCUGUGAUGUGACAUAUAGUUCAAUUUAGUCCAAAACAUGUCCAAGUCGCGCGAGUGCCACGCUCUACAGCUGAAUAUGUACUUGGUACGUGGUUGCACAGUGAGCACGGCCGCCUACCGGGGCUCGCUCCUGAAUCAGCCGAAGACGCGCCAGUGUGAAUAGUAUCUAUAAAUAUCUCAUUAUAAUAAUUGGAGGUUCGUUUUCGAUUGUAUGAAAAAUGUGGAUUGUGAUGGUAAAGGCUGCCUGUGCGAGGCCUGCGCCCCGGCCGGGAAGGCCGUCGCUCGGCUGUGGGACCUGACUGUUGUUGUAAUUUUAUAUACAUAUAUGUUGUCGAAACCAAUAGUACGAUAUUGUUAUUGUAUACAGUGACGCGCGCUGUACUGCUGCCAUGCACGCUACGACCGGUAGUAGUGCAGGGUGCGGAUAUCGGAGGAAUUCAUGUGUUAACAACGUGCACGCCUGCAUUUCCAGCAUUUUGAUUGGUGUAUACUCCCUGUGUUGUGCAGACAGCGCCGGCCUACACAGCCGGUGCUGGUCCGUAGCGUUGUAUCGUCCUGCGGGUACCUGGGACACGUGUCCCCAUUGUCAAAGUAGACGAAACCUUUUGAUUUCGUGCUUUUCUCGUCUUGUAUAAUAAAGAAUAUUGAUUUAGUUUCGUUGCUACAGCGAACUUGCGAAUGCAAAUAAUAUGGAGUAUCUCCUUAAUUUUACACGAGUGACGUUAUUAACGCAUGCCUUACCUCCUCCGGUAUUUCCAAUGAAAAUUUCACUAGUUAAAUUAUAAUUGAAUAAUGAAUUUGUAAAGUUUAUACGACUUGUUUGCACUGUAAACGUUUGCAGUACGGUAGAGUCCCCCCGCGAGGGGCAGCAGCCGCCGCGCCGGGACAAGCGAAACACUAGUGUAUUUAGUAUGAGUUUGUUGAACGACGUUGAGUAUUCUUCGCCUUUUUCAAUAACUUUUCUUAAAUAUAAGGCCUAAUUCGUGGUUAAAGAAGUAUCUAUAGAUAAAUUUAAACGAGAACUUGGAAAAAGGCAAUGCGAGUAAUAAUUUAGAUGGUGCUUGCAAUCAAUACAUUUAACAUAUCAUCGAUAUGUACGUAUACUAUCUAAAUCGCUCUUAGUCAUUCAACGGUCGACUCGUGCAUGACUAAUCCGACUAUAAAAUGUACGAUAAUUGAAGUUAUUAAAAACUGGCAUUUUUUUUUUUUUUUUACAACACAGGGGGCAAACGAGCAUGCGGCUCACCUGAUGGUAAGUGACUACCGCCGCCCAUGAUCACCCACAACACCUACGGCAUUGCAGGUGUGCUGCCGGCCUUUUAAAAAGGAAUAUGCUCUUUUCUUGAAGGUUAUGUUGUCGUAUCGGUUCGGAAAUACUGCUGCUGGAAGUUGAUUCCAAAGAGUGGUUGUGCGUGGGAGAAAGUGCCUUGAAAAACGCACGGUGGAGGACCGCCACUUGUCCAGAUGGUUGGGAUGAAAUUUUAGUUUAUGGCGGGUUGUACGAUGGUGAAAAUCUGCAGCAGGUAUCAAUCCGAACAAUUCUUCAGAGCACUCCCCAUGAUAAAUUCGGUAGAAAAUGCACAGAGAUGCAACAUCUCUACGCAGUUCCAGUGGGUGGAGCCGGACAGUAAGACGCCGAUCGUCAACAAUUCGAGCUGCCCGACUUUGAAUGCGGUCUAACGGAAGGAGUUGGUACUGUGGCGCUCCUGCCCACAGGUGAGAACAGUAUUCCAUGUGUGGCCUCACUUGAGCUUUAUAUAGUUUCAGGCGGUUUUCUGGCGUGAAAUACCGUCUCACCCUAUUGAGCACCCCCAACUUUUUGGAAGCUAUCUUAGCUUUUUCCUCCAGAUGACCGCAAAACUGGACGUCGCUAGAUAUAUCGACGCCAAGAAUCCCCAGACUCGACUUAUUAUCGAGGGAAGUGCCCCGAAAGUAAGGAGAUACGACAAACGGUGUCUUUUUUGCGGUGAACGCGCAGACUUGUGUCUUCUUAGGGUUAAAGUGAACAAGAUUGCGUUCACCCCAGAUCGAAACUUUGUCGAGCGAAGUUUCGAUUUCAGACACAAGUCUGUUCCGGAGCUCAUCGGUAUGUGCCCGCGAGAUCUUUGCAUGACCGGUGUAUAAUGCAUCUCCUGUACUGUCGUCUGCAUAACAAUGAAUAUCACUGAUCUGUAACAUAUCAUUGAUAUGCAGAAGAAACAGUGUCGGAGAUAGUACACAGCCUUGCGGGACACCAGCAUUCACAGGUUUGAAGUCAGAGCAUGCUCCGUCGACUACGACCUUAAUGCUACGUUCCUUAAGAAAACUGGCGACCCAACUGCACAAUCUCGCAGGCAACCCAAACGAAGGUAGUUUUGAGAUUAGUGCCCUAUGCCACACCCGAUCAAAGGCUUUCGCAAUAUCCAGACUAACAGCUAAGGCCUCUCCCUUAUUCUCGAUUGCCACCGCCCAUCGGUGUGUUAAAUAAACUAAAAGAUCACCAGCCGAGCGCCCCCGUCGAAAGCCGUACUGGCGAUCUGAGAUCAGCUGGCGAUCCUCUAGGUACCGGAGCAGUUGAUGGUUAACAACUGAUUCCAUGACUUUCGAGAAUAAGGAGGUGAUAGCUAUGGGCCUAUAGUUAGCUGGAUCUGAGCGGUCUCCUUUUUUAGGGAUCGGAUGCACCAAAGCAGUCUUCCAAAACUUUGGGACUAUACCUGAUGAGUAACAGAGCCGAAAAAGACGCGUAAGAACCGGAGCCAACUCUGGUGCGCACGUCCUAAGCACAAUUGGAGGAAUGCCAUCGGGCCCACUCGACUUAUGGAUUUCAAGGGAGAGAAGUGCUCUACGCACUGAUCUUUGCGUGAAUUUAACAUCCGGCAUAGAGCUCUUACAACGCGGGAUGGUCGGCGGUGGUUUCUCCCCGUCAUCCAACGUCGAGUUCGAUGCAAAGAGAGAUCCAAGGAGAUCAGCCUUCUCUUUGGCGUUCAGAGCCAAUGAGUUAUCCUCCCUGCGCAAUGGUGGAAAAGAUGACUGACAGAAAUUCCCUUGUGCAGCUUUGGCAAGAGACCAGAAAGCUCGAGACCCCGAAGGUAAACUAGCUAAUCUCUUGCCAAUUCUACCAAUAUGCUCUGACUUCGCUGUGGCCAAAACUCUUUUGAAGGACCUAGAGGCAAAGUUAUACUUCUUUUUAAGGGCACUGAUGUUAGGAUCUCGCGACGCCACACCUUUGGCCCAGGCUAGGAAGCACUCCUGUUUCAGGCGAGAUGCUAUUCUACAAGAGGCUCCAUACCAGGGCUGGGAUUUCCCACCGACAGGUACCACAGAGUUAGGAAUAAAUAAUUCCAUUCCCUGAAGCACCACAUCGGCGAUGGAAUUGGCGAUGGCGUCGGGGUCCCUUAGUGCGAAGCAAACCUGCCUCCAUGGGUAAGAUGCUAAAAAAAUCCGCAUCUCAUCCCAGUCUGCCGACCUAUAGUGCCAAACACGACGUCUACCCGUGGAACGUGGUGGAAUCGGACUCAUGAGAGGCACCUCGCUCCGCACCAGACAGUGAUCCGACGAUCCAAGCGGAGCUUCGACGGAAAUCACAUAGUUGUCUGGGUGGGUGGUCAGCAGAAGGUCCAACAGUGAAGGUGAAUGGUCCAACACAUCAGGUAUUCGCGUAGGCGAGGAAACAAGCUGCGUCAGACCAUAAGCCAAAGCAAAGUCAUGAACAGAUCUUCCCGCAUAGUCGGUUGUACGUGAACCAAGCCAUUCGGUAUGGUGGGCAUUAAAAUCGCCAAGAAUCACGACUUCAGCGGAAGGAAUCUGUUCGAGCAGGGAAUCUGUAGUCAUUUGGACGUGCUCAAUGAGUUGGUCGGUUUCGAUGUUACCGCUGUGGGACCUGUAUAGGCAUGCAUAGACGCGAGGAUGGUCAUUGCAGUCUACGCGCAGCCAUAAAAUAGACAGGUCCGCACCUUCAAGAAUUCCAAGGCGGCGACAGCAGAUAUCCUCUCUGACAUACGCGCAUACACCGGCACGCGAAACAAAACAAUGUUCAAGUUUAUAUCCCGGGUACGUUAGGUAUGAAGUUUCGUUUGGAGAGGAUAUCUGUGUCUCCGUUAGAAAGAGCAAUGCCGGCCGCGCCGUUUCUAGGUGGUGGUGAACAGCGUUUAAGUUAGAAUGUAAUCCCCUGAUAUUGCAGAAGCUCACAUUGAGCGAAGGGGAUGCCGUAGAAAUCUUGCUUCGUUUGCCCUUGGUUCCAAAGAGCGGAAUUUUGCCCCCCCCAGAAUACGCAGGGCAGCCCGAGCGUGGUUGCUCGAGAGAGGAUUCUCCAGCAACAUGGUUACUGGUACCUCCCUGGGGUAUGUUAUUUUUUUUUAAUUCCACUGCCAUGGUUGCGUGUUGUAAGAUAGGGGGACGGGGUUGGGGAAAGGAUUUUAGGAAUAGGAAAGGCAUGUAUUAGAAUGUAUGGAUGUGUACUAUAUAGGUAACCCGAUAUUCGAUGCGAUGAUACUCGGUUUACUGUCAAGUUGGCCUUUACCAGUGAAGUGAGUAAUUAUCCUGGAGGAGGGCAUUAUUGAAGGCGUGACCACGCCAGUGGUUGCAGUGACGCUGCACAACUCGUCGCCGAGUUACACUCGCCGACGUCGAUUUUACAUUUGUGACACUACAAGCUGUUUCCAUGUUUGUUUAUAUUUAACAUGUAUUAAAAAGUAUUGUUGUUAAAAAGUGUCUUAUGUUUUUGUUUGACAUAUAUUUAUAUAUAAUUAUAUGUACGUUGUUGUAGAUGUCAUCUGUUUAUAAUUUGUUGUAUUAAUAAUAUGUUAACAAUAUUGUAAUUCUAUUGUGUUGUACGAAUUAUCGAAUGUUACUGUUAUGAUUAUUUUAUAAUGCCGUCGCGGUUAUCGUUGCUAGUUCGUAGUUGGACGUUGGAUACAGUUUACGCCACCUCAUAUACAUACUUAGGUAUGUACACAUAUUCAAAAGUUAUACGAUUUUUAAAACGACACCAUCGUGUGCGUUACAUCUCGCGAACAGCUGGCAGUGAUAAGGUCGUGACGUAAUAUUAUCACUAAGUAUAAAUACCUAGAUAGUUAGUUGAUAAUUUUGAGUGUACAAAAUGUAGGCAUUACGCUUGUAGCGUAGCGCACAUUUUGCACACCAAACAGUACAGAUAAUUCUGUUUUGUGCCUACAAAUAAAAAAGUAAAAUAUUGAUUGUUAUGGUUAUUCUAUCAAACGAUGGUGGGGGAGUCGCGAGAAUAGUGCCGGGUAUGUAAUUUAAAAAAUAUACGCACCCGGCCUGCAGGUAGUGUGAUGUAUGUAUUUAGGUACCAGAUUUGUACCUGUUCACAUGCGUCAUAUGUACGCCGGUUACUGUACGCCCAAUAUCAAUGUAAAGUGUACAGCGCUCGCACCCACGGCACCACGCCACCACGCCACCACGCCACCACGGCACCACGCCACCACGACAGUUCGAUAGAAUAACUGAUACACAUUUUAUUUAGUAUUAGAUUAAGAUGCCAGGCAUUUGCGUGUGAUAAUAGUUAGUAUUUAGCACAAAUGUUGUGUGUGUGUGUGUGUGUGUGUGCGCGUAGGAUUACACGAUACGCUUUUAUAUGAUUUCUAUGAUUGCACACUCGGGAUAAGAGUUUUGUAUCUCGAUUUAUAUGGGCCUUAGUAGAUUCAGUAGCACUGGUGUGAGACACACUGGCUGUCUGACACGUGAUUGGUGUCUCGUACAUAUUAUUCAUUAUAUAAAAUUUACAGAGUAAUUUUAAAUUAGUAAUUACGACGCGACAUCGAUAAAUCGAAUAUGAUCGCUUGUACUAGAAAACAAACUUUGAUGCGUAGUACAAGAUUGAAAGUAAACUCAGUUGGAGACGUGUCCUGUUCUCGAUUGAAGUUUAAUAUGAGACGACAUGAACCGGUCUAAUUUAGAGGUGCUAUUGUGAGGGCCACCCUUCUGCCUUCCUGUAUGUAUUAAAAAAAAUCGCUUUCUAAUUGCUUACUUGCCGAAUACGAACAUGAGUGAACGGGCAAAGCUCGCCCACGCGAAUAUAGUCGUAUCAGGGCCGUGCUGUCGAUCAGAGGAUUGUACUGUCUCACAUCAGUGGCUAGCUGGGCACGUGACUAGUGCGUGCAUGUCACAUGUAAUUAUAAUAUACAAUUGUAACACGCGGAGUGCGCUCGUUGGGUGCGGUGGCGUGCGGUCGCGUGUGCCCACGUGUGGCUGCGUGUGCCCACGUGUGGCCGCGUGUGCCCACGUGUGGCCGCGUGUGCCCACGUGUGGCCGCGUGUGCCCACGUGUGGCCGCGUGUGCCCACGUGUGGCCGCGUGAGCCCACGUGUGGCCGCGUGUGCUCACGUGUGGCCGCGUGUGCCCACGUGUGGCCGCGUGUGCCCACGUGUGGCCGCGUGUGCCCACGUGUGGCCGCGUGUGCCCACGUGUGGCUGCGUGUGCCCACGUGCGGCCGCGUGUGCUGCCUCACACAACUGCAAUCUCCGCGUCCAAGUGCCUCAAAUAUGUUGAACGGUUAUAUGCUAUAGAUUAUUUACUAAGUAUAUUAUCAUAUACAUUCCGGCUCGCCGCGCACAAGCGCCGGACACUCGUUGUGAAGCUAUUGCUAUUGCUCCGGCCGUGGGUGAGCACGGCGGUUGUUUCUAAUGAGCAGAUUUAAUGAGAAACCCCUAGGUGUAUACUUAACACAAACAUGUGCAAUAUGCUUGAAUUUCUGGAGUUGGUUCACAGUAAAUUUACGCGGACGUAGUCCAUUCAUGUCCAUUACGUGACUACUACAGAGACCCAACUGUUAAAUAUGAACUUAUGAAGCGUUCAAGCAGUACACGAUGCCCUUUUUUUUGUUAGUCUAAUAAAUAUAGGUAGGUACAUAGUACGGAUUCCGUUUGAUGGCAUUUUUUUAUGGAUGAUAAUGAAAUGGUAAUCCCGCCUGCGCUAUCGGUUUAUACCGGCAGGGCACCAGUAAUAAAUGACAGGUGAGGAUGAAACUGGUCAGUUAGUCCAUCGUGACAAAUUCCACAAGAAUUGUUCACGAUGGUUUCCAGGGGGAACCACGUGUAUAUUGUUAACAAUUGGGCGUUUAGACCCCCUUAUUAACAACCCCUUCCCCCUGCGUGAUGGCAUUGUAUUGGCCGCGGUGUGUAUUAUGUAUUAUUUGUGUACCUAUAUCAUUGGCCUGUUUAAGAUAAUUUAUCAAGGGAGUAUGUCUUUAAUAAAAGGCGCACAUGUACUCCUAGAUACGUCUCUGCCCAUAGCUGAGAGCGCUGCUCCUGAUCCUGGGUGGGCUCGGUGCACCUGCCUCCCUUUAAAUAUGCUUACGAUGUACGUGUCGGUAGCCUUCCUCUUACCUGCGCCACCACUCCUUUCAUCUUCAAAAUGUAAACAAUAUACAAGGUCAAAAAGAAAGAAUAUUUUUCUCCAGAGAAUAACUAGUGGCCUUAGUGGGACAUUAACCGAGUUAUUAUGGUACGAAAGUGCCCGGGCUCUCUGGCGGUGGUGGUGGUACAGCCCUACGGGUUUCUCACUACAUCUGAACGUUCAUUCCAUUUCACCAGAUAUGCGCAUGAUCUGGCUCAAAGCAGGUGACCGGAUGACGUUUACUGACGCGUUGCAACGAAUCGCUCCUCACUCAUAUCCGAUCAGUAUAUUGCGUGUCAUUAGUGAUAUUGUAACUUAACGAAAUCGCACCAACAAUAGAACGGCGCUAGAUUGAAUACGCUUUUAAAUUAAGCACUAAAUAUUGUCUAUAGACAAGCCAGAUUCACUUACGCGUAUUUCCUUCGAGAAUAUUCGUCUAGUUUUGAGAUUAUCGCGCACCCGUUAUUAUGAGCUUUAAUAUGUAAAGUCAUUUAGUUUUUUCUUACAGUUAAAAUAUAAAUAUUACCUAUGUAUGGUUAUCUACAUAUAUACAGACUACAGAACAAAGUUUUUAAUAUAUACAUAUAUGCAAACGUAUUUAGUUAAUAUUACUCUCCCUGAGCUACAUAUAUUGAUUAUGUUAAAUUCUUUUUCUGUUAUAUGUUGUAGCACUCCAGCUGCCCGCUAACAACAUGCUUUCUAACUGCAUUGGGUUGACUGGAAGAGAUCUCUGUCAGAGAUAAGUCCACCCUUGCUCACAAUAUUUAUAAAUGCAUUAACAAUGUAAUUUACAAGUGCAAUAAAGAAUAUAAUAUGUAUGGAGGUAAUUAAACGUUUGUUUGUGACACACCUGGAACACUUACACGAGGUAGCGCCCUGUGUCCCGGCCACUCUUGAUUAGAUUUUCUAUAAGGUGAACUAUUUAAAGUGUGAAGUCACAUACAAAUCAGCAGCGAUGGUCUCAAGCGUAGCUUACAUUAAUGUAUUCUUUCAGUGGCGCCACCUAUUGUAAAUGUUCUAACGCUACUCGACAUCAAAGUGCAGUACUGAGUUUGGUCAAUCACCAUUAGAAUGUAUCCAUUAAAACUUUCACAUUAGACAGUCAGAAGUGAAAGCAAAGGUUUGUUUGUGAUGUUGGGUAACACUGCACAUAUCAGGAUAAGAGGUUGGCUUGGAAUUUGAUAUCACUUAGGUACCUAUGAUUGUAAAUGGCACAAUAGUUUACAGAAAAGUAAGAGCUUUAUUUGAUUGAUUAAAUCCCAAAUAAACGCGAACCAAAUAAUACACAA